AUGAUAAUGCACAUGAAGCUAUUUAUAAGUUUUGCUAAAUAUACCAGGAAUGAUGUUGUUGUUGCCAUUACUGAUGAUGUGAAUGGUACUGAAGCAGGAUUUGCAGUAGUGGUGAAAGAAACUAGGCUAAGUACGAUUUGUGAAAAUCACACCCAAGUGACUGAAUUUAUUCUUCUCAGUUUUACAAACAACCCUGAGAUGCAAGUUUCCCUCUUUGUUUUGUUCCUGGUCAUCUAUACAGUCACUUUGUUGGGCAGCUUCCUUAUUGUCACAGUUACCAGUAUGGAUGCUGCUCUUCAAACACCCAUGUACUUCUUUCUCAGGAACUUGUCACCUCUUGAAGUCUGUUUCACCUUGGUCAUGGUGCCAAAGAUGCUGGUAGAUCUAGUGUCCCCAAGGAAAAUCAUCUCUUUUGUAGGCUGUGGUACCCAGAUAUACUUCUUUUUCUUCUUUGGCAGCUCCGAAUGUUUCCUCCUCUCUGUGAUGGCUUAUGAUGGCUUUGUGGCCAUCUGUAACCCUCUCCGUUAUUCAGUCAUAAUGAAUAGGUCCCUGUGUUUGUGGAUGGCUAUAGGUUCUUGGAUGUCUGGUGUUCCUGUCUCUAUGCUACAGACAGCUUGGUUGAUGGCCCAACCUUUCUGUGAACAAAACAGCAUAGACCACUUCUUUUGUGAUGGUCCCCCAGUGUUGAAACUAGUCACUGAGGAUACAACCAGGUAUGAAAUGCAAGCACUUGCCUCCACACUACUAUUUAUUAUGUUGCCCUUUUCCCUCAUUUUGGUCUCCUACACCAUUAAAACCAUCCUGAUGAUGCCCUCUGCUACUGGUCGCCAGAAGGCAUUCUCCACUUGUUGAUCCCACCUCAUUGUGGUAUCCCUUUUCUAUGGAACGGCCAGCUUGACCUACCUACGGCCCAAAUCCAACCAGUCCCUUAAGAGCAAGAAGCUAGUGUCAUUGUCCUACACUGUCAUCACACAUAUGGUAAACCCCAUCAUCUACAGCCUAAGGAACAAUGAAGUGAAGGGGGCAGUCAAGAGGACAGUCACUCGAAAAGUCUUGCAGAAGUUAGAUGUGUUUUGA